AUGGUCGACUCGAAAACUAUAGGUGGGUCGCCGGUGGCUGCAGCUAACAAACCCACAGCAAAGCGAUCGCCUUCGAUCCUAGUCACGGAUGCUAGAAGCCACCAGGUGAAGGGGACACGAGCUCCAUUUGCCGGUCAAAACUUCAAGAAGCAGCAAGAGCUACAACAAAAGCAGCAGCAGCAACAGCAGCAACAACAACAACAGUCGGCUUAUAGCUUUGAACAGCUGCAACACCAAAAUGCAUUGCUGAAGAGAUUGGCAUUCAGAAACAAAUUUACUGACAUCUCGGUGGAUAAUUUACUCAGCAACUCAAGUGAUAUACCUUCAGGGCAGAGCAGACUACCACCACGGAUUGGGUCGCUUAGACUGAAUUUUGGUGGCAUGAGAUCAACACGCUCUCAAGCACAGGGGCAACCCCAAGGACCACCACAGGCACAACCAAAUUCGCUGCUAAAAGCACCGCACAUGAGUAACACCACGGCGCUGGAUACCAUAACCAGACGUAACAUCAGAAGCAUUCCCAAGCUAUCUCAGUCGUUACCGGCUAGAACAUCCAAAACGUCGCAAAAGUUGGUUUUGAUCCCCGAGCGCCAAAAGUCGGGCUCCUCGCCACCGCCUACAGCUCGGACCGACUCGCCCGAACCUCAACCGUUGCUGUCCUCGGAUGCUGCAGAUUUGCUGGCUCAAAUCAUGCGGUCGCGAGCCGAACUAAUGCCGAAGGAGAAGCGUGCCCAGGAGUUUAGCAGGAUGACGGCUUAUUUCAUCUGCGAGGAGAUUGAUUUACCAGCCGUGGCUAAAUUCUUGCGGAAAAACCAUGAGGUCAAGCCCAGGCUAUACGAUGAAGCAUUGUACGUGCCAUAUGCGUUGCCCUUGUUACCUGGUAACGAUGGGCUACGAGUUAAAUCAAACAAUUCCACCAAAUUGCAGGCAAAGAAUAAGCAUAUGGAAAAGAUGAUUAUCAAAUCAGAGCAGAAAGAUCAUCUUUACGAGUACUAUUCAGGAGUAGAAACUCCAGAGGAUGCCAAUAAUUAUUCCAUGGACCCUGAGGUUGAAAACUACGAAAACAACGCGCCGUUUGAUCCUUCGGAACCUCAGUUUUUUGCUCCUCCCUUGGAUGAUCGCGACGAGGAGGAAGAAGGCCGUCGAAACGGAGAUGCUAGUGAACGAGAUGCAAAACAAAAACGGAGAUUUGAACAACUCAAACCUUCUUCUUCUUCUCAUUCGUCUUUGUCGUCGACUUCAUCCUUGAGCAGUCAAUCAGACGUGUCCAAGCACCAUGCCGAGAUGUUUGUGUUUUCUUACGGAAUCGUUGUGUUUUGGAACUUUUCCGAGAUCCAUGAAAAAAACAUCCUUGCUGAUUUGGCCUUCUCGGAUGAAGAUUUGCUCAUCAACCAGAUUGACGAAGAAGAUAUCGAAACCGAGGAGUUCCAUUUCGAAUACGACAACCAGAUCCACAGACCGAGAAUCUACAACGACAUGAUCACCUUGCGAUCCGGCGACCACUUGAUCAAGCUUACAAUGUCGUAUGCGAUUGCACAACUGACCAAAUUGGGGUUGUUUGAAAGUAGAAUGGUCAACAUCCUCCACCUGGUGAGCCGUUUGCCGAAAAAAUUGGCUUUGACCGGCCGCAUCGGCUUAAAGAGAAACCAGUUGCUCAAAAAGUCGGGCAAAUUGUUCAAGUUGAGAGUGGACGUCAACUUGCUGAGCUCGAUAUUGGACACACCCAACUUCUUCUGGGACUUUGAGCCGGCAUUGCACCCCUUGUACACCGCCGUGCGCGAAUACUUGGAAAUCGACCAGAGAGUCUCGGUCUUGAACGACAGGUGUAAAGUGUUUUUGGAGUUUGUUGACAUUGUCACCGAUAGCAUGAACGAAAAGAACACCAACAGAAUAACCUGGAUGAUUAUCGUCAUCAUCUUCUUGAGUCUACUCGUCAGCUUAUUCGAGUUUAUAUUGGAAGUUCUCUAG